AUGUCUAUCUGCCCAUAUACCGGUCGCCCAAUGGGACUUCUUCGUGACUUCGAGCCAAUGAUGCCAUACUGGGCUCAGCGCAUGAGCAUGCUCAACGACUUCAACAACAUCGUUCCACAGCAACACAACGAAGUCGAGAACACCGACAACAAGUUUGCCGUCAAGCUCGAUGUCGCUGCUUUCAAGCCAGAGGAGUUGAAGGUCAAUCUCGAGGGAAACGUUCUCACCAUCGAAGGCCAUCACGAGGUCAAGACCGAGCACGGAUUCAGCAAGAGAUCUUUCACUCGCCAGUUCCACCUCCCAAAGAACGUUGACUUGGCUCACAUCCACACUGCUAUCAACAAGGAUGGACAGAUGACCAUCGACGUUCCAAAGACUGGCUCCAACUCCUCUGUCCGCGCAAUCCCAAUCCAUGUCUCUGCUGGACACGCUGUCACCCAGAAGCCAGCCAACAACACCAACAACACUACCGGAAAGCACUAA